GUCCCGAACAGGAAGUAGAUAAUAGUUGCAUUCUAACGACGACGAUAAACUUGUCAUUAAACACCGAAUGUGUUUGCUUAAUGUUAAGUUAGUCGUGAAAGCACAAACAAGUUUGGUUUAGUCAGUCAGGCUUGUCGUUAUACAGUCAAAAGGUUUGGUUUAACGACUGGUUAAGUUAAACAGUCAACAGGUUAAGUUCAACGACAAGUCAGGUUUGUGGAUAAACCAUCAACAUAUUAGGUUUAACCACCAGUUAGGCUUAUGGUUAACCAGCAUGGCCCAGGCUUGUGAGCGACAGAAACAAUUUGUUCAACAGAAACUCCAGCAGCUAGAGGAGGAGAGAAAAGCUCUACACUCUAACCUAGAUGCUUACGUUGAUAAGGUGUUAAAGAAAGUGAAGGAAUUUAUGAGCCAUCAAGAGGGAAGCCAGAAAGAAUUUCUUGAGAUUUGUAAUUUAAUCGACAGUGCAAUCAUUUACCUGAUAGGAAAACUAGACUCGGUUACAGUCCAAAAUGAAUCGUGCAAGGCUGAACAAGACACACAAAAUGACUAUCACGAUGAAGUCCUGUCUAAAGCACUGACUCGACUUGACGCCCAGGAAAGGGACAUCAACUCACUGAAGGAAAGGGCGGACAACUCUCAAGAAAAGUUCAACGAGUUCAGCAAAUGGAAACUACGGGUGACAACCCAGCUGAUGGAGAUGAGAGCAAAGUUGGAGGAGAUUGAUCAGCGGCAGCUGAACGUCGUGAAAAGCGUCAAGGGACAAAUUAAAGUUAGCGAACAGGCUGAGAAAGAUAAGGCUGAAAAAGAAAAGGUUGAAAAAGAAAAGGCUAAAAAAGAAAACGCUGAUAAAGAAAAGGUUGAAAAAGAAAAGGCUGAAAAAGAAAAGGCUGAUAAAGAAAAGGCUGAAAAAGAAAUCACUGAAAAAGAAAAAGUCAACGAGGUAAAACAUGGUAAGGAACCCAUAAGGCUUAUGGAGGAUAAGGAAGAAUUGGCUAGCCAGAUCCGGAGUCUGAAAGAAAGCCAGCACACCCUGAAGAUGGAACUGGAUUUGGUCACAGUGAAGCUAGCGACUCUCGAGGCUAACGUUAACAUGGCAAGCUGUGACGUCAGGGACUUGAGCUGCAAGAUGGCGGGGCUGGAGAACCAGGUCAGAAAGCACACAGCCAGCAGUAAAGAUGGUGUUGAUGGAAAGGGCAAGUCAGAAAUAAACAUUUUGAUGAUAGGAAAAUCAGGACAAGGAAAAAGUUCAACUGGAAAUUCCAUUCUCGGCAGCUCCGUCCUAGCAGGAGCUUGUGUAGAGGGCAGCAAGUCUAGAAGCGAGAUCGCCACGGCCGUGAUGGACGGCUACACCAUCACCGUGGUGGACAACCGCGGCAUCUACGAGUGCUUCACCUGCGAUGAUCUGGGUUUCGCCUCAUCGCACGUCAACCCCGUCGUGUCUGACGCCAAGAAAGAACAGCUCACUCUCGCGUUUUCUCUCUGUCCCAAAGGUUUCAACGCCGUGUUGUUUGUGUUUAAGUACGGUACAAAGUUCAGCAUGGAAGAUCAAAGCUGCCUUAAACGAUUGAAACAAGUCUUGGGAGACGACUUCAUCCACAAGUUCGGUGUUCUGGUCGUGACGUGCGGUGACUUGUUUGAGUAUAACCAGAAGCAGAACAAGAAGCCGAGGUCGUUCAGCGAGUGGAUAGAGCACCCGAAAAACGAUCUGAGAGAGUUGUACCUGGAGUGUGGCAAGAGAGCCGUACUGUUCUACAACUCCACAACAGAUAAAACCCAGAGGACGAAACCUGUCUUUCAGCUGUUGGAGUUGAUACAGAAAUCUAAAUAUUCUGGUCAACGCUUGCUGUACUCACGAUAGAUAGUUCUAAUUAAUACAACAUAGCUACAUUUACAUAUA